UCCUCAUGACGAAGGCAUAUCGCCGCUGGCCCGGGUGCGGGGCGCAGGCGUAGUGAGGGGCGGGCAGCGGCGGGGAUGCGGACGGGUGGUGGGCUGUUGGCGGCAUGGCUGGGCCUGUGGCUCGGCCUGGCGCACGGUAUCUACUUCCACAUCGGCGAGACCGAGAGAAAAUGCUUCAUAGAGGAGAUUCCCGACGAGACCAUGGUGAUCGGUAAUUACCGGACUCAGCUAUGGGAUAAACAGUUGGAAGCCUUUCUGCCCUCAACUCCAGGACUGGGGAUGCACGUUGAAGUGCGUGAUCCUGAUAUGAAGGUGAUCCUGUCCCGACAGUAUGGCUCUGAAGGACGAUUUACCUUCACCUCACACACUCCGGGUGAGCAUCAGAUUUGCCUCCACUCCAACUCGACAAAGAUGUCAUUGUUUGCAGGUGGCAAACUGCGGGUGCACCUUGAUAUCCAAGUGGGGGAACAUGCCAAUAAUUAUCCAGAAAUUGCCGCAAAGGAUAAACUGACAGAACUGCAGCUACGAGUUCGACAGUUGCUGGACCAGGUCGAACAGAUUCAGAAAGAACAGAACUACCAGAGGUAUCGGGAAGAGCGAUUCCGGCUGACCAGUGAAAGCACGAACCAGCGUGUUCUGUGGUGGUCGAUUGCACAGACAAUUAUUCUGAUCCUAACUGGAAUCUGGCAGAUGAAGCAUCUGAAGAGCUUCUUUGAGGCUAAGAAACUGGUGUAGACAUCUGUCAGUUGUCAUCAUUGUAAGAACGUGACAGCAAAACUCACCCCCCCCCCCCCCCACCCCCGUCCUCAUUGACCUGCAGUACAGUGUGACUUUUUUCGUGUGGUACUAGAAGCUCCUUUGGAAAGUUUAGGAAGCAAAAGUUUGGUUACAUAUAAAAUGGUUACAUGUCGUGGAACAGUUAGUACAGGGGGUCCCCAGUGUGUCUGUGAAGAAAUGUUAGUUCAUAGUUAAUUGUAAUUGUAGAUUGCAAGUUGGAGCUUCCUUCUGAAGAGACUGCGUUCCUGAUCAUACAUUUUGGAUCUGAGAAAAAUCACAGCAAACCUUUCUGUGGAAUGCAGCCAUCCCAAAGAGUUCUUUGCAUUUUGCCAAAAUUUUCAUAAAAUGCCACCUUGGGUUUCCACAAAGUGCAGAAUUAAUGAAGUGUUUCGGGUUCAACACAGUUUGGACUGAGAUCAGACCACCCUGCCUCCUGCAUUUGUCACUAGUGAGAACCCAGACACAUUUCCCUUCUGCUCUUAAAUUAUAACUUGGUGAAAUUCUCCUUGGUUCUCAAAACAAGCAGCAGAAGCAAACCUGGGGGAAAGAAAUGGUUGGAAAUAUACUGAAGGGAGGAAUUUUUCACACUCACUUCUCGACAGAAACCCUUAUACCCAAUUCUAUUUACCCUGCACGGGGCACGCCAGUUGUAAUCUCUGGAUUAUUUCUGGUCUCCAUCUGUAAGGGCCCUCAUUGUGACAAGUUUGGGUAGGUGACCAGCAUUAUUUCUGGAACUCUGUUCUACAUAUGAACAGAGACUGGGAGAAGCUGAUGUUCUACCUCUGUGACCUUUUGUAUUGUCCAAGUGACCUGUUUAACUUUUCUUCUAAAGCAGUGACUCAGAAGCAAAAUUUAAAGAGCCUGACUUUAGCUCUCCAUGCAGACAGGGGUGCACGCCUCAGCUGCACAAGUCCUAGGAGCUGUGGCCAAUCAGGAUGCUACCAGGUCCCCCACCAUGUUGCUUUGGUAUCCUGGCCAGGAGAGGGAGGGAAGGCCAGGGGUGGGGGAAGUGCCUUGGGUUUCUUGUGAGGUCUUCAGAUGCCCCUUGUAGAAAACAGCCAUGUCUGCUCCAUUUGUAGUCCAGGCCUCUCUCCCCAGCAAGUUGCUCUGUAUGGAAGCCUUUGUCAGCACACAUGCUAACUGGGCCCUGACCUGGUGGUGAAGGCAAAAGGAUCACUGCAGGUUAUGGCUCUGGGUUAAUUUUAACUGCCCACUGGCGGGGUUUCUGCCCAGUGGAUAAUGUUUACAGUUGGUCCCAGCAGUCAUCUUGUUCUUCAUUUUCAAGCAAGAUCCACUCUGUAAGUAGCGGUGAGUAGGGGUCGCUGUAAGCUCUCCAGUUAGCCCACAGUCCCAUUCCAGCUCACCCCUUUGUAUGGAGUUCUGACAUUGCUGAUGUGUGAUGCACUUUGUUCAGAAUCUGUGGUGUUAAUGUAACGGUUCGUGCAUGGACAGAGGAAGCUGCUACACUGGAAACGUUUCGGGCAACCAGCUUUCUGAGAACUUGGUGAUUGCCCUGGUGUGUCCAAUCCUUCUGUUCCCGUACUUUGCCCAUUUUGGUACAUAUUGUAUUAUUGGACUGGGAGAAAAAAAAUUUUUAAAUAAAUUUCUUAUACAUGUUUA